GAACAUACUUGAUCAGUUACAAUCAGUCAAACAAUUUAAACGUUUAAGUCAGAACGCAAUUGUUAGUUUUAUACAAGGUUUUAUGUUUAUUUAGUUGAUUAAGUAAAGUUGGAGUACAGUUUUUAUGUAUUGUUUAUCUUUCAAAAGGAAUUUCAGGAAAUUUGGACGAAUUUUGAGAAAAAUGUUUCCACCAUUCAAAGCAUCCAAUGACUUUCAGACAAUGCAUUCAAGUGAUAUUAAAAAUAGUUCACUUGACCCCACAGCUUCAUCAUAUUUUCCUACUGCAAAACCAAUUUCUUCAACCGAAACGUCUGAAAGUUUUGCAGAAUUUUUAAGCCCCAAACCUUCAAACAAUCCAUUUGAGAAAAAUUAUUUUUAUGAAAAUCCUUGGAAGAGUCUUUGCAAUGAAGAUGAAAAUGCAUCUCUUUAUUCGAGUGGCUAUGGAAGCGAAGAUCGUUCAGUUCAACAUUCGCCAUAUGAACGCCUAACUGACGAGUUUUGUUCUUCAUUUUCAAGUUUAAUUAAGCCAUUACUUAGCUACACUACUCAGGAAGAUUCUUAUUCACCAUUAACGAGCUUUCGAUUUGCUCAAAAGAGUUUUGCAUGGGAAUGUGAUUCAAAUGAAUAUUCAAAUUCAACACAAAUUGAAUCAGGCAAGAAAUUCUAUGAUGAAAUACGUCAAGAUUUCGAUUCCAAUGGAACUACAACCGAUUUAGAUUCAGUUUUCAUGCCAUCAUUAAGUUCUACGCCAUUGAUAACUCGUCGAUCGACAUUCCCAAUAUUGAAAGCUGAACAAUGGCAAACAUUUUCAUCUUCAGAGCCUAUCAAGGAAUCUAAAAGUCAAGGAUCUAGUCGUAUUAACACUAAACGAUCAAAGCCUAAUAAGAAAUCAUUGGAAAAUUUUAAGGCCAUAAAAAUGUUAAACAGAUCGUUCUCAGAGUGGCCCGUUCCUGAAAUAAGUGAAAAAAGCCUGAACCACUCGUUUAAAUUCAACUCCAGAGAUGAAUCGCAUCGUCGAAUUAAAAAGCCACCAAAGUUAUAUCCAAAAGAACUUAGUUUUAGUCGAGCCCAUCAUCAUGAAGUGCAUGCUAUAUCAUUUAAGGAUCAAAUAGAUAUUUCGCCGGUAACAUCAACACCAAGAACGCGAAACUCUUCCACAAAUUCUUUAUCUCAAUCAUUAACAAGCAGUUUUUAUGAUAGAACCAAGAAUGAUUCUUAUUUUGAACAAUGUUUUGAAUCUCUUCAUAAACUUGGUGAAGGAAGUUUUGGUGAAGUGUUUAAAGUCCGGUCAAGAGAUGAUGGAAAACUUUACGCGAUUAAGAAAACAAAGCACAUUUAUCGAAGUGAGAAUCAUCGUCGUGAAAGACUCGAAGAAGUGAAACGUUGUGAGCAAUUUUCAAGCAAUGAAAAUUGUGUGAAAUUUUACAAUGCUUGGGAACAGGAUGAUCUACUUUAUAUGCAAAUUGAGCUGUGUCGAGGAAGUGUUGAGGAUUAUGUGGAGGAGAUAAAGAACAUUCCAGAAUCAUUUGUUUGGUCAUUUCUCCUUGAUAUGCUUCUGGCAUUGAAAAGUCUUCACGAUAAAAAUUUGAUACAUUUAGACAUCAAAUUAGACAACAUUCUAAUAACUGAUGAGAAUAGAUGUAAACUAGCAGACUUUGGACUUGUUUUUGAUCUUAAGAACUCUCCUAGAAGUCGAGCAAUUGAAGGUGAUUCGCGUUAUCUCGCACCAGAACUUCUCCAAGGAAAUUAUUGUCUCGCAAAUGAUGUGUUCAGUCUCGGAAUCACUUUAUUGGAGUUGUCAUGUAAUCUUGAACUUCCAGCUAAUGGAAAAUUGUGGCAGGAAUUGCGAAUUGGAGUUCUCCCAGAUGAAGCAUUCAGUCGCUUAUCAAAGGAACUUCAGACAAUCAUUCGGUCAAUGAUGGAACCAAACCCAAUGAAGCGACCAAAAGUUGACGAAAUAUUGAAACAUUCCAAGUUGAGACGUCUCGCAUAUCAACGAAAAGUUGAAAGAUUCUCACACAAGUGUGUGGAAUCGACGAGUCGUUGUUUCAACAGCAUGAUCGCUAAACUUCUUCUUCUCCUUUUCACAAUCAUUGAAUUCUUUAAAUUAAAGGAAAGUUCACAUAAACUGUUGACAACACCAAGUACAAAGUUUAGCAGAAAAACGAACGUCAAAAUCUUUAUAAAUCAUGACGAUGAAGAUAGCGACGAUGGCGAGAUAAGCUUUAGAACUUCUUUGGAGACAAGUCGCUUGAGUAAAAUUUCUCAAACUGACGACGAUAAUAACAAUGAGAGUAAUGUGACGCCAACUUUGAAUAAUUCUGUUCCGCGUGUUACGCCAGAAAUUAAAAUUGUUAAUUCAACGCCUUUGAAUCAUUACAAUCAUCAAGAUGGAUUAUCAAGCAGAAAAGCGCGAAGAGAUUUGACAAAGUUGAGUUUCGAUCUGACAUCGCCAGACACACGAGAAAAAUCGAAAGAUCGCGAUUCCAUGAUAUGCAAGAAACUUUGCUUUUAUGAUGAUGAACUGAGCGACUUUUAAUCAUAAUUCAUGACAGGAUACAUGAAAAUUUAUUUUGUGAUAAGAUUUAGUCACCUUCCGUUGAAUCGAAUUUCAUUAAAUUUCUUCUCUCCUUAAUUUGCCUUUCAUUUGCUGCCUUACAAAAAAAGUUUUCUUUUAUUUCUUUUUCCUCGAAUUAAAUAUUUAUAAUGUACGUCUUAAGUUCUAAAAGAAAAUAAAAUAAAAAGUCAAAACUUAUGAAUACCGUUAAUAAGGAAAA